AGGGCAUAGAUCGAAAAGAUGUCAGAGUUGUCUUCCACUUCAAUGUUCCCAAGUCAAUGGAAGCUUUUUAUCAGGAGUCAGGUAGAGCGGGCCGUGAUCAAUUGCCCUCCAGAAGUGUUGUUUAUUACGGAAUGGACGAUCGUCGGAAAAUGGAAUUCAUUUUAACCAAUUCAGAAAGGAAGAAAGAGUCUUCAAGUUUACAAGAUGGGUCCUCAAAGAAGGCCCUUGAUAGCUUCAGCCAGAUCGUCAAAUACUGUGAACUAGAUGGUUGUCGCCGUAAAAAGAUCCUUGAGAGCUUCGGGGAGAUGGUAUCCGCAUCUUUAUGUGGAAAAUCAUGUGAUGCUUGUAAGCAUCCCAAUGUAGUUGCGAAAAACUUGGAGGAGCUAAAAGCUGCUGCCACCUUUCAUCAACGAAUUGGAUCUUCAAGGAUUUUGAUUAGCAGCGUACAAAACCUCAAUGACAGAGACUACUCUGAAUUCUGGAACCGUGAGGAUGAUGCAAGUGGGUCAGAAGAAGACAUUUCUGAUUCAGACGAAGUUCUUGAUGCUGCAAAGAAUGUAGCUUCUUCAAGGACAUCAACAAAGUUAAGAAUCCAAGACAAAAUUGAAUUGCUGCAACGAGCAGAAGAGAAUUAUUACAAAAACAACAAUACUGAGAAGCAGAUUGAGCUUAGAAGAUUCUGCCUCGACUCUUGAAAAGGAAUGUUACAAAAAAGUAUGGUAAAAGUGGAAAGUCGUUUUACUUAUCACAAAUGGCAAGUACAGUGAGGUGGCUUUCAAAAGCAGACCCCACAGAACUUAGAAAUAAGCUCAGCUGUAGUGUAUCUUCUUCUUCGGAGGCCGCCCACCACCAACAAAUCCGUCUGUUGUUUCAUUAGUAUUAUCGGGUCAUGAGAAGACCAAGCACACUCUUGAAACAGACAAAGAAAUGGAUGAAAAAGAGGAAGCUGUCUGCAUUGCUGCUGCCACUACAUUGCCCCCUAUUCCAUCUUUCUCGGAGUAUAUUAACAGCAGAAAUGUGAAGGGUCAAUGGGAAUCCACCUCGAAUAAGCGUUCACCGCCUAAGAUGUCGGGAGAGGAUAUACUGAAGAAAAUGCGAUCUUGAAUCAAAUGGGUCUUUAUCUUCCGUAUUUUUACUGCACACGGCAUUAAUUUCGAUAUGCUUAUGCAGCCAACUUUUCUUUAGUUAUUUCUGCGCUAAAUUUUCAGUGAGUCAUUUCAAUCACUGGAGCAAUAUAUCCAAUGUUUCACGAAGAAGAAAAAAUCUAUACCCC